AUGGGCCACGGGUGCCAGAUCCAGUCCAAGAGCCACAGACCUGAGCAGAGCGUGUGUUUUCAUGGCGUGCAGUCCCAUGAUAACACCGCCCCUGUCCUGACCCAUCCCAGCUUCUGUCCGUCAGGCCUUCAGGUGCCUGGAUGUUGCUACUUGUUCCGCUGUGUUCUUCCAUUGCUCGAGCUCCUUUGUGAGAGCGCUGGGGAGCCGCCAUUGGCAGACAGCAGACGACUCCCUCGGUCUCCUCAGCGACACAGGCCCCGCCCACAACGCUCUGCUCUAGCUCGUAGGCGUGGCCUGUCCCUGCUCGGUCACGCCCCCUUGCUCGGCCACGCCCCCUGGCAGCAGAACGCGGACCACGGCCACGGAUCGACGUUCUUGUUCACCCGAGCGGAGCCUCUUUCUUUGGGCGAUGCUCGCUCUGGAUCUUACCCAGCGCCGAGCCUCGACAUUGGGGGGAGUGGGGCGGACGUGAUCGUACAGAGCUCUCUGGCUUUUGAAGGGGAUCAUGGAUAA